GCUAAAUCUUAUUUCUAUUUUCUAUUUUUCCUUAACAACUUCUUUUAUUUUAAAAUAUAUAUUGAUAUAAAUAUAUAUACAUAUAUCUUUGUACACUAUUAUAACCAGAUAAAUAUAUAUUUAUAUUUAUAUAUUUGUAAAGAGGGAAAAAAAAAUUUACACAACACGAAUAAUAACAUGAGUUCAUCUCAACGUGCUCGUAUUCAAUCAUUAAACAUGAGAUCAGGCUUCAAUCAACAGCAGCCAUCUUUUCAGGAACAAGUCAAUCAUAAACCUUUGGACCGUCUAGAAGUUGUGAUUCCACCAAGACUUUCAGAACGAUUCUUACCAAGAUCGAAUGGGUUAAAACCUUUACAAGAAAACAUGAUUAGCAUGCGAAAAGAGAGAUUGAAGCCCAUUGAAGAUAUAGUGGAUAAGCAUUACAAAGAGCAACAGCAAAAAUUACAAAAACAGAAAUACAGAUUAGUUGCUGAUGAGGAUAUACCGUCUGUCAUUAUAGAUUUCAAACGCAAGAAACAAUAUAAAAAAUUAAACUAUCUAGGCUCUGGCGCAUUUGCAAAAGUCUAUCGAAUUCAGAGUGUGGAUGGCAGAUAUCUUGCAGCUAAAAUUAUUUCCAAAAAUGCACUUAACGACAAAAGAAUUCGUAAAACGCUAUUUUCUGAAAUUAAUAUUCAUCAUAGUCUGAAACAUGAAUAUAUCGUAAGAUUCAUUGAAUGUGCUGAAGACAGAAAAAACAUUUAUCUCAUCUUGGAAUUAUGUGAGAAUAAUUCACUUAGUGUCAUGUUAAAGAACAGAGGUACAUUAACAGAGCUUGAAGUAAGAUAUUAUAUGGCACAGCUCCUAACAGCCUUACGAUAUAUGUCUGAUAACCGUGUCCUACAUCGUGAUCUCAAGAUGAGUAACGUUUUAUUGGAUGCAAAUAUGGAUUGUAAAUUAGGUGAUUUUGGUUUAGCGGCUCUUUUAUUAAAGAAUGAAGAUAGGAAAAGAUCUGUAUGCGGAACACCGCAUUAUAUGGCACCGGAAGUUUUGUUCAAAAAUGGUCAUAAUUAUAAAAGUGAUUUAUGGUCUGCUGGUAUUUUGAUGUUUAAUCUUUUAUUUGGAAAACAACCCUUUCAUUAUGAAGAUCCUAAAAAACUUUAUCAACAAUUAAGGAAGAAUGGAGUAACUACACAAUUUACUUUUCCUGCUGAUGAUUUUGGUAUCUCUAAAGAAGCUAAAGAUUUAAUUAGUAAAUUACUAGUGAAUGAUCCUGACCGUAGAUUAUCUGUGAUUGAAGCAUUAAAGCAUCCAUUUUUUCAAGAAGAUAUUCCUGAGCAGAUCCCUAAAUCAGCUCUUUAUAAGGCACCUCAUUAUCGUGAAUUAUUUGCAAGUAGAUUUCCUACGAAUGAUAAUAAGCCAUCUAAGCCUAUUUUAUCAAAAGUAGCCAUCGCUGUUCAACUUGCUAGAGAUACAAAACGAUCUUAUGUGAAUCAAAAUAUUGGACCCUCUAUGAUCGUCAUGGAAGAAACUAUCUUGGAUCAUCGUUUACAAUACCCAAAUGCUAUACAACAAGAAGAAAUCGUCUCCAACGCAAUUCCUUCGCGCACAUUAACUAUACCCGUUGAAUAUACCAAUACUACAUCUACGUCAAAUAAAAGAACAGUUCAUGAAAUCACUAAAGAAGAAGAUAAUGCUACGUCUUCAAAGAAAUUAUGUAGCCAUAUAAAUAAUGUUACCACCACUCAACCCUUAAAAGAGCAAAAGAAGCCUAUUAAAGCCGAGAGUAAUCAAUCAACCACAGUUCGUGAUAACAAUCAUCAUCUUAGAAAUCACUUGUUUAUAACCAAUGAAGAAACCAACACAACUAAAGAUACCAAUAACAAACAAAACCACCCACGUAUUCCUAUUUCCAUUCAAAAUAAAAAUGAACCAAUCAAGAGACCUGUUAUUGAAGAUAUGAUUAUUAAACUAGAAUAUAUGAUCAAUAGAAUAUCUACAAUACCUAAGCAUCUUCGACCCAAUAUUCCUAGAGUAGAUCAAGAUUUUAAAUGGGAUAAAAAUAAUGUCUUUAUUAAUUCUUGGGUAGAUUGUUCUAAAUCUUAUGGAUUUGCAUAUGGAUUAUCAGAUGGUACAUUAGGAUUUUUAUUUAAUGAUGGAUCAAGUUUAAAAGUGAAUGAUAGCCAUUGUUAUUAUUAUACUUAUUAUCAAAAUAAUGAAUUAAUUGAAAAUGAAUUUACUAAAGUACCACCAGAAUUAAGAAAGAAAUGUUCUAUACUUGAUAAAUUUAAAAGUUAUGAGGAAGCCAAAUUGAAACGAGCUCAAGAUAUACCAAAAAUAGCUCAAUCAAAAACUCGUCUAUAUAAAUAUUACGUAUCUGAUGAUUCUAUUGCCUUUCGAUUAAGUAACGACGUUAUACAGAUUAACUUUUUCGAUCAUAAUAAGGUUAUUUUAUAUGAAAGAGGGCAAAAGAUCGUGUAUAUCAAUAAAGAGGGCAAGUUAAGUCAUCAUCAUACCUUUGAUGCCUUUUGUUCAAAUUAUGAAGAAUUAACGCAUGCCAUUCAACGUACUUAUGCUAUUUUAUUGGAUCAAUCAACAAAGCAUGAUGAAAAUCUUCGAAAAGAAAGAUGGAAUCGAUUUGUAAAAGGAUAUUCACAAGAAACGAGCCAUCGCGUAUCAUAAAAUAUUCAUUUGUCAUCAAAAAAUAUAUACUGUAACUUUAUGUAUGUAUAUAUUGUAUAAACUUUUUUUUUGUUUUAAAAUAUACAUGUAAAUAGUAAAAAUAAAUAAAUAAAAUAAAGUUAUUU